UAUUCGUGAAACACACGGACUUCCGGGGACAGAGAGUAGUAAUGUGUCGAUGUUAUGAUUGUAAGAUUUUUGUAUAUAAAAUAUGAAUUUAGGUCCUUCAAACUCCUACGGCAACGGUCUUUUAUAUGCAGGAUGGAAUCAAGACCAGGGAUGUUUUGCUUGUGGGAUGGAAACAGGGUUUCGAGUGUACAAUGCAGAUCCCCUGAAGGAGAAAGAGAGGCAAGAUUUUGCUGAUGGAGGUGUUGCUCUGAUAGAGAUGUUGUUCCGCUGUAAUUAUCUUGCUCUUGUCGGUGGAGGAAAAAAUCCAAAGUAUCCACCAAAUAAAGUGAUGGUGUGGGAUGACUUGAAGAAGAAACAUGUCAUUGAGCUGGAGUUCUCCACUGAUGUCCGAGGUGUCAAGUUACGCAGAGAUAGGAUUGUGGCAGUGCUGGACACAAUGAUCAAAGUGUACACAUUCACCCAGAAUCCCCAGCAGCUUCAUGUUUUUGAGACAGGACAUAACCCUAAAGGUCUGUGUGUGAUGUGCCCCAACAGCAAUAACUCUCUACUGUCCUUUCCCGGGAGAAAAGUUGGCCAUGUGCAAAUAAUUGAUCUUGCAGAGACUGAGAAGUCUCCAGUGGAUAUAGCUGCCCAUGAGGCUAACCUUGGCUGUAUGUCCAUGAAUACUCAGGGUACCCGACUUGCCACAGCCUCUGAGAAGGGAACUUUAAUACGAGUGUUCGACACAAGUACUGGAGCUAGACUGCAUGAGCUGCGACGUGGAACAAAUAGCGCUAAUAUCUACUGCAUCAACUUCAAUGCUGACUCUUCCCUCCUGUGUGUCUCCAGUGAUCACGGAACUGUUCACAUCUUCUCAACUGAAGAUCCAAGGAAAAACAAACAAUCUAGUCUGGCAACUGCAAGCUUCCUUCCCAAAUACUUCAGUUCCAACUGGAGUUUCUCCAAGUUCCAGGUUCCUGGUGGUGCACAUUGUAUCUGUGCCUUUGGGGCGGAACCGAAUGCUGUGAUAGUGGUGUGUGCAGAUGGCAGUUACUACAAGUUCCUCUUCAGCCCUAAGGGCGAGUGCACAAGAGAUGUUUAUGCUCAAUUCUUGGAAAUGACAGAUGACCGGUCAUAGGCUGUGAAUACUGUGCAUGAUGUGUGCAUGGAGAUAAGACUCUGUGUUAUCUGAGGAGGGCCUAGUGCUGCUAGUGUGUACAUAGUUUCCUGAAGAGAGGCUAGUUAAAGGCAGUUCCAGUCUCUGUGUGUCUGGUACACUGAUUCCCAGCCUGACAUAUGUCAGCUACAAUGUGUAUGAUAUGUAUCAGGUACAGUAUCUAUAUGACAUGUGUCAGAUAUAGUCGCUGUGUGACAUGUCGGCUUACACACAAGAAGACAUAUUAUGAAUUUGUAUCAAAAUGUAAGAUCCACCUUGAUGAAGUAAGUCAGCUAGGUUUGCUAUGUGUGUAAUAAUGGCGCUGUCACCUUGUCCCAGUCUGACUAGUGUAACCCUUCCCCAGUUACACCAGGCCACUUACAAGGGGAUCGGGAGUCUGGUCACCCUGGAGAUGACCACACUGUUAUUGCAAUGGUUUUAUCAGUUGUAUGCCUUACAUAAAAUAUUUGGUUUCAGGAACAGAUGUUUGUUUGUACUCCCCUGAACCUGAGUUUGUAUCAGUAGUGACUGGCAGUUUGUGAGUAGGUAGUGUAUUUUGUCAUCCACAAAGUGGGCAAUCAUGUUGCAAAUUAUUAUUUUAUGAUGAAUUGUAAAAAUAUCAUCUGUGAAUAAGUUUAUCAUGUAUUUGCAAUUUCCUGAUGCCUGUGUUGUGUGACAGCCCUGGUUGUGUGGUGUUGAUAAGGUGGUGCCACUAGGCCAAAAUAGGACAAACUACAGAUUAGUUGUUCUGAUGUAUUGUUACUGAAAUCUACUUGCCAUGCACAGGCCACCAGCCCCCUGCCUGUAGCCUUCUGUGUGUAACCUCCUCCAAGAACCUCUGUUGGGAAGCUUCUCCAUCAGGAGCCCCAUACUUGAAGCCUCCUGCCUGUUGUCUCUGACUCAUUUCCUGUCUGGAACCCUCUCUGUUGCCCUGUCAUAUUUCCUGUCUGUUGCCCGUCAUAUUUCCUGUCUGUAGCCCCUACUGGUUUCUCCAUCUGAUGCCCCAGAAUGGGAACCCUGGUCUGAAGCCCCUGCCAGUUUCUCCAUCUUAUGCCCCUGUCUGUAGCCCCUACUGGUUUCUCCAUCUGAUGCCCCAGAAUGGGAACCCUGGUCUGAAGCCCCUGCCAGUUUCUCCAUCUUAUGCCCCUGUCUGUAGCCCCUACUAGUUUCUCCAUUUUACAGUAUAGGAGGUACGAUUAUUUCGAGAAAAGUUACGAGAUUUUAGGCUUACGAGAGCUUUGUGAAACGGGGCCCUGGUCUGUAGCCCUAGUAGUUUCUGCAUCUUAUGCCCAGUCUGGAACCCCAGUCUGAAGCCCCUGCCAAUGUCUCCAUCUUAUGCCUAAGUCUGGAACCCUGCUGGCUUUAUCGGUCUUCCCUGUUUUUCUGUAGCCCUGUCUGAAGCCGUAAGUCUGUAUCCAAGUCUGUGCUUCCUCUUUGUUCCUUUAUUGUUAACCCCAGUCAGUAGCUCCAGUCUGAAACAUCUGCCGGAAACCCUGUGGAUGUAUCCUGCUGCUUAAACAUCUAUUGCUGACUUGUAAUAAUUAAUCAUAUUCUUCCGUAUUUGCUACUAUCAUAAGAAUUUGGGGUAUUCACUAACUGUGUUGCCAUUUUGUAUGCAGUUAUAUAUAUCCAAUGUGUUAUUUACAUUGUAAAGGAUGUCAUGCAUAUCACAAUGCUCGUGUCAUAGGAUACAAUAUGUACUUUUUGUGAAAUAUCAUCUUGUUUCAUGAUAGGCUGUAUGGUACACCAGGACAAAUCGUUUUAUUGCAAACAUCACUUUUUGCAAAAUGGACACAGUCUUAAAACAUGAAUAAAUUAAUUAUGUUACAUUAUUGAAGGAUUGAUACAUCAAUCAUUACCAUUAUAUGCAGGAUACUGGUACACUAUGUGCCAUUACAUGCAGGAUAGUGGUUCACUAUGUGCCAUUACAUGCAGGAUAGUGGUUCACUGUGUACCAUUACAUGCAGGAUAGUGGUUCACUAUGUGCCAUUACAUGCAGGAUAGUGGUUCACUGCGUGCCAUUACAUGCAGGAUAGUGGUUCACUGCGUGCCAUUACAUGCAGGUUAGUGGUUCACUAUGUGCCAUUACAUGCAGGAUAGCUGUUCACUGUGUACCAUUACAUGCAGGGUAGUGGUUCACUGCGUGCCAUUACAUGCAGGUUAGUGGUUCACUAUGUGCCAUUACAUGCAGGAUAGCUUUUCACUGCGUGCCAUUACAUGCAGGGUAGUGGUUCACUAUGUGCCAUUACAUGCAGGAUAGUGGUUCACUGCGUGCCAUUACAUGAAGGAUAGUGGUUCACUAUGUACCAUUACAUGCAGGAUAGCUUUUCACUGCGUGCCAUUACAUGCAGGGUAGUGGUUCACUAUGUGCCAUUACAUGCAGGGUAGUGGUUCACUAUGUGCCAUUACAUGCAGGAUAGUGGUUCACUGCGUGCCAUUACAUGAAAGAUAGCUGUUCACUGUGUACCAUUACAUGCAGGGUAGUGGUUCACUAUGUACCAUUACAUGAAGGAUAGCUGUUCACUGUGUACCAUUACAUGCAGGACAGUGGUUCACUAUGUGCCAUUACAUGCAGGGUAGUGGUUCACUAUGUGCCAUUACAUGCAGGAUAGUGGUUCACUGCGUGCCAUUAUAUGCAGGAUAGUGGUUCACUAUGUGUCAGUACUUGCAGGAUAGUGGUUCACUAUGUGCCAUUACGUGCAGGAUAGUGGUUCACUAUGUGCCAUUACAUGCAGGGUAGUGGUUCACUUUGUGCCAUUACAUGCAGGAUAGUGGUUCACCAUGUGCCAUUAUAUG